CCGACGUGCAGUCUGGUUCCUUCCUCUUCCAAAAGCACCAUGGCAACUCUGAAGGACCAGCUGAUUCAGAAUCUCCUGAAGGAAGAACAGGCCCCCCAGAAUAAGAUUACAGUCGUUGGGGUGGGUGCUGUGGGCAUGGCCUGUGCCAUCAGUAUCUUGAUGAAGGACUUGGCAGAUGAACUUGCCCUUGUUGACGUCAUGGAAGACAAAUUGAAGGGUGAAAUGAUGGAUCUCCAGCAUGGCAGCCUUUUUCUUCGAACACCAAAAAUCGUCUCUGGCAAAGACUAUAAUGUAACUGCAAAUUCCAAGUUAGUAAUUAUCACUGCUGGAGCUCGUCAGCAGGAGGGAGAAAGUCGUCUUAAUUUGGUCCAACGCAACGUGAACAUCUUCAAAUUCAUCAUUCCGAACGUCGUAAAGUACAGCCCAAACUGCAAGUUGCUCAUUGUUUCUAAUCCA